UGUUGUUUCUGGUUGUCUUACAGAAUCUGUUCUUCACUAGAUCUACUAGACCAUCGGAGGGAUUUGACUAAAUCAAGAUGCUGCUGAUCAUUGAAGCUCUUCUCAUUGUAGCUGCUCUAGGACCGGAUCGCAGAGGUGCUUUUGAAGACAGCAUUUCAUUGGAUAUGGCAAAAAACUCUGUUGAUGACCAGUAUUACAGCUGUAGAAAGAACAUGUCACAUCUGGUGGAGACAAAAUAUCUGAAGGAGGAAUUUGAAAACUCACCCAAUUUUAAAAAUGCUUGGAAAAGGGGUAAAACCUUUACCAGUAAAUGGAACAUUUUCAGCGAACUAAAAAGAAAACAUAAAAUUGCCAUAUACGUGUACACUGAUGAGGAUGUAUAUGGCCAAUUCAAUCGUGACACUCGCAAUGGCAAACGAAACAUCUUAGGCAUGACAUACAAAUGGUAUUCUCUUCACUUUCUGUUAACAGAAGCAAUACAUAUUCUGAAGAAAAAACAAAACAGGUGCUUUGAUACUUUUCGUGGUUCAAAUGUUGACCUUAAUGGGCGUGUUAACACAGACAUUCGUUUUGGCUCAUUUACAUCAUCCUCUCUUAAUCAAAACAAGGCAAAACAUUUUGGAACAAAAACUUGUUUUAUAAUCCGCACAUGUGAAGGUGCUAAUGUGACAAAAUAUUCUAAGUUUCCUGGUGAGGAAGAGGUGCUGAUUCCUCCAUUUGAGAAGUUUAAUGUCACCGAGGUCAAGACAAGAACUAAUCAGCCAGAUCUCUGGUGUGAGACAGUGUUUGUGUUGACCAGCACUGGAAUAAGAAGUGACCUGAACUGUGCUCUAUUCAAUGAACCAACCAAGACCACAAAUAUGAAAAACAUCUCUGGGGUUUACUUUGAGAAGAUAUGGAAAAAUAAGUGACCUGAACUGUACAGUAGCUUUCUUUAAUGUUGUACACCU